CAAGUAAGAUGAAAGAAGAGUUUCCGGUGUGAGCAGGAUUGUGAUAUUAUUCAACGGAUAUGACUCGAAUUUAAUCGUAAAGUAUUAUUUAAAUGUCCAAAGAAGGUUACGGAGAGUCUUUAUCAUUGGAAGAGGACGAAAAAGAUUCCAAGGUCAUAACAAAGGAAGAUGUUCGGCUGUCAAGACUUAUAAAGCCAUCGCCACUACAGAAAAGGCUAGAAGAACAGCUUCAAAAGUCACGUAAGGCACUAAAUGGUUCUAAUGGGACGCUCCUAAAAAAUGGGAAACCCUUGCUAAAAAAUGGUUCUUUAAAGAAUAAUAUGAAGUCUGAUGAAAGACCAUUAUUCCAAGCAGAAUCUGACAGUGAUGAAGAAAUAACUAUGACUCAAUAUAGUAAGGCACCAAAUGUAUCUGUGACCCAAAACUCUAAGAAUCUUUCAGAUUGUACCCAACAAUUACUAAAGGAUGGUUACAGACUUGAUGAAAUAUCAGAUGAAGAGGACUUAGAUCUUAUACCACCACGGCCAGUUGAUGACAGAUGUCAGUGUUGUGGAGCAGUCACAUGGCAGGGCUGCACGAUUUCUUGAUUAGUGACAUCUUUCAUAGGACCAAAUCGUUUUUAAACAUAUGAAAAAUUCAGAUGUUAAAUGAAAAGCCUGCAAUAAUUUUCUUGGAAUUUACAUGAAGUGGGUCACUGUUUAUCUAACUUCAUCCAAGAGAUUCAUAUAGAAUCAUUCUUUCUUAUAGAUUCACAUUUAAUGCAAGUCUCUGUGUUGUUAGUCUGUCCUAUCAUACUUAUCAAUAAAAUGAGAACCUUAAGUUAACACUGAGGUGGAACAGCUUAUCUCAAAGCACUUAUUUUAAUAGCAUUUUCCAAAUAUGUGCUGUACAGCAUUCUAAAUAUAACCAUUACAUGUUAGGCCUUGGCAUUCAAAUAUUGUAAGUUGUCAUUUAUUAAGUAAUUGUUAAGUGUUACUUUCACCCUUGUUUUUGUUUUGUUUUGUGAUUCUAGCAGAUUGUAACUAAAUGGUCAACAAUAAUUGACAUGUUCUCCCUUUCCAAACUAAAUGUUUGUUUUCCCAAGUGAUUUUUUAAAGUUAAAUUCUCUUAGUCUGAAUAUGCAAAUGGAAACUUAUCAAUGUUUGCAAGAUAACCCUAUAUUUGCUACAAUAGUAGUUUUGUUUCCCAAAUUUUUUUUCUACACCAUUCAGUGUUAUUUAAGGUUUCAUACAGUAAUGAUUCCCUUGUAUUUUAUUGCUAAUCUAAUUACAUUUGUCAUCAAGGACAUUUAUUGUCAAGGGUAUGAAAAAUUUUAUGUGUAAGGAAAUAAUCAUACUUGAAACAGGAUGAAGCACCUAUUUAUUUGUAUGUGAAAUAUGGAGUUUUAAAUUAACAAAAUUCAUAUGUUCUUGGUAAUGAACUUACUGCUGAAAGUAAGAAUAAUUUUAAUCAGCAUGACUCAAUCAUGUACCUUCACAACAUUUUACUGAUUUAUAAUGUACCUCCUACUUCCCAGUAGCAUAUAUUCAAGUUAUUAAAUUAAAAUAUUCAGAUUGCAAAAAAUAUAAAAAUAGAGCAACCAUUCAGUUUUAGAAUGCAUUUUAUUACAAUGGCAAAUAAGGAAUCCUAGGUAGAGUUCUCUUUUAGGAAACAUUUUCCAAGUAAAGGCAAACAUUUCUCAUGUGGGGUUGUCUGUUGUUUUUAAAAAGAAAUGAUUUAUUUUCAUGAGUUUACUUGAGACUUUUACCAAAUAGUAAUGGUGAUAAAAGCAAUAGGAGAAAAAGAAAAACGGAAGAAUGCACUUAAUGUCAUCUACUGGCAACUUUAGUCUCAAAUUCAAGAAAUUAAUUCAGCUGUUACUGUGUGCAGAACUGCAACUAGCUUUGGUGAGUGACAUAAGCUGUGUUCCCAUCUUACAAAUUUAAUAAUUACUCAAUCAAUUUAGCUUGCCCAAUGCAAUUAACUGGAUCAUUUAGUAAUCUGGUUAUGGAAGCCAAUUUAAAUGAUACAAUAUAGUUUAAAAAGUUAUUUGUAACAGGCUUAAACAAGAAAUAAAUAGUAAUUAUAGUCUGUAA